GGCCUCCAGAGCUCGUGUAUUAUGCGAUUAUGGUGACGCUGGUUCGCUGGUGGUCGAAAAUCGCGCGUCCCACGGGUAUAGAUUAUAGGUUGACGAGAAGGAGAUAAAAGUAAUGUGUCACCGAAUAAACGACAGAGAUUAUUCAUAACGCUAGGUUCCAUAAAUUUGUAAUUUAAAUAAAUUUCGUUACUAAAAAGUGAUCGGUUUUGAUAAAUGCGUCGUGAUAUUUGCGAACAUAAAAGAGAAAAAAAGUAUUAUUCUCUUCGAGUCCGGCCGUGAGGUGUAAAUUUUUCAUACAACUGCCGAAUCGAAGCUCAAAAUGCCACUGGGCAAUCACGUUGCUCUUACGCCUCUGGAGGAUAUGUCAAGUGGUCGUGGACAAGCAGGUAGCGGACCUCCACAAAAUUGUCUGAAAGUUUUCAUUCAACGGGACUAUAGCCAGGGCACCAUGGUCAAAUUUCAAAAUCGUUUUCCAACUGAACUUGCUGAUAGAUUGGAUAUUGAAUCAUUCGAAUAUACAAUCAACCAGUUAAAUAACUAUUUUGCGGAGGCAGAAAGAGCAAGUUGUUCAACAUACUGCGAAGGCUGCCUGGCUUGUCUGACUGGUUAUCUUAUUUAUAUAUGCACCGAAACGCAUUAUGAGAAAUGUUUGCGGAAAGUGGCAAAAUUUGUUUGCGAACAAAACGACAGAGUUUACAGGCCUCGGGGUUUACUACUUACGGAUCCAACUACGAGAGGUCUUAGACUAAUAGAGAUCUCGGUUUUGGACAGGCCACCAUCGUGACUGCAUGUCAGCCGAUCAACGGAAUUCUUCAUGUGACCCGCCUGUGAAGGCGUUUCUUUCGAAAACCAACGUCGUACUCGCACUUAACGUAUCUUCGAGCCAGUAACCUUGAAUCUCGUGUCAAUAAAAAUGCACGGACUUACUCGAGCUGACCUCAUGUUAAAGAACAAACACAGAAACCAGACAAAAUGUGAAACAACAGAGAGCGAGAAAACAUCAGAGACUGCGAGUUAUUUUCAUAUUUAUUUAUAUUUACGUAUCUUCAUACCCUCUUGUAUGAAUAUGUACAUAUGAAUAAUUAUGACGCGAAAAAUCUUGGCAAAUAUGAAAGAAAAACAAGAAACUAAUGAAACAUUGUUUAAACAAGAUUGCGUCAUACCAAAAAUUGUUGUAGUGUCGUCUAGUCUUUCAGACAUUAUUUCAUGCACUGUCAGCUUUGGAAGUUGGCAACUAAAUGUUUCGUUUUUAUUCUUAUAAUUAAACUAAAAGAGUGAAAGUCUCACGGAAACACUGAAAGAAAAAUAAUUAAAAAUAUUUUGUAUAUUUAGAAAUAUGUUGGUUGAGUAAAAAAAAAAUCUCCAAAGGUACACGUAAAAAUUUCCCAUAAAAUUAGUAUUCAAUUUUUAUUUUGUUCGUUGCAAACAAAUGUAUUUCUUCAUCGAAUUUCCCUACUUCGAGUAUUUUUCAAUGCGGUCAAUGAAGGACUCAAAAGCUCGUACAGAAUUUCUGAUAGAUUUUUCGAAAACUAUCAAAUAACAAUGUGUUAAUACAAAUUGGCUGAAAAAUUUCUUACAUCUUGGUGAAUCUUUAGCAAUUUUUUUUUUAUUCCAUGCAUAUAAAUCCUUACGUUUCACAAAAAGUGGAUCUUUUUAUGGAUACCGUAAAAGAUUCUUACGACACUGCUCAAUUCGGGUAUUUGAGGUUGAUCUUUAUGACUAUCCUGCGAUUUGCAAGUAUGUUGCUGUGGAUAGGAAUUAAAAUACCAAUAAAAAUCUGGAGUAGACAUCGCGAUUUUUAUUCGCAGUAGUAGAUAUUCGAAGAUGAGCGAGUUUGUUUCAGUAAAUAAUGAAAACUUUGUCCAUCCUUUCUCGAAUAGUUAGUCGUUAAUUGAUCCACAUAAUAAAUCUGUGGUAGUUGUCAAUUUUUCCUGCUGCAACGUCUCAGGUGAAAAUGAGAGAUAGAAUAUACUUUUUACGCUGUCAACCCAAAGUUGAGAUACAAAUAUAGAUGACAAAUAAUUGACAACUAACGAGAAAGAGAAGGAACGUAAACAAAGAUUUUUGCUGGUGUACUACUCGAAUUCACUCAUAUUUGGUUGAAGUAUAUGAAACAGGAUACAAAACAUGGCUCACAUCUUUCUAUUGAUACAAUUUAUAUUUUUCAAUUAUUCGCUGUUAACUUCGUUAAAUAGAUGAUUUCAAUCAGUCAAUAGGCAUACAAAAUAGAACCAAAAACCAUGCAUUUACUUGACGCUGAAUGUUUUUUAAGAAAUUUAAAUCUCGAAGAAUCUACCUGGUUAAAUAACGCAAAAGAUUAUUUUUUAAUUUCACGUUUUCAAUCAUUUUGUAACGCCAAAUGGAGAAAAAAGUGUUGGAUUAACCAACCGCACUGACAAGAUAAAAUAUUUUUGAUGCUAUCGAAUUUUUUUCAUUCUAACCAUGAAAAACCUCGAUGACUUUUCUUUUAGAGUCUCAUAUUUUGAUGUCACUCUCGAUAGUCUGUAUCUAGUCGUCCGGAAGCCGUAUGAAUAAGGUUAUGUUUUUCGUCCGGAAAUAUAUUAAAUCGUCUCAUUAUUUCCUAUACCAAAACAACAUUAUACUACUACAAAUCCAGACGAAUAACAACAACAUACGUUUAUUCGUUCAGAUGGAAUCAAUGUGAAAACAGAAAAAAAUAUAAACAGAGUAAUAAAAUGAAUAUAGCCAUCCAGAAUAAUGAUGUAUUUUCAGGUCCGUGAGAAAUUUCAUAUAAAUUGUCAACUACAUUGAGAAAUAGAUAUGCGUGGAAUAAAUUCAUCAAAAGUAGUAAAACAAAAGUAAACAAUAGAAAUUCUCAGCAAUAUAUAAUCCGGACGAAUAGUCUAAUGUUAAAUGUGCGGUACCACUGGACGACUGUACAGUACGUUCUUGAUAACCGAUCGUAGGUUUGUGGGAAACAACCACGACAGAAUCAAUGAUGAAUUGGCACUGAGUUAUAACGAACCAUAAUUAAGAAUGUUCGACUAAACUGACCAAAAUUGGCUAGCAAAAGAUGUGUAAAAUGUUUGUAUAACGGCUAAAAUUAUUCGGAAUAUUGUAAUCGCAUAUUUAGACUUUUAAGGUAACUAUUAUACUGUAUGCUAGUCAAAUGAGUGCUAAAUUUUCAAAACUCUUUUAGACCAAGUUUAACGCAUUGAUUAAACAUAUUGUUAGUAGAUAUGCAUUAAAGCAUAUUUUUGGCCUGCAGGGCCAAAAAGACGGGAGUUACGCGUUUCAUCACUGUUAUUUUUCAAAGAAUGUAUUUUUUGAUCGAUUUUAUUGCACCAAGUCUGAUUUUGUUCCUCAACUGAUCCUGUACGAAUUCACCACGUAGAUUUUUAAAUUCAUUCCAUUCAGAAAUUAUUAAUGAAAAAGUUUUUUCGCUUAAUAAACAAUUAGAUGCAACAGUGAAAUGCUCAAGUAAAAAAAACUACAUGAUGGAUUUGUGGAAGAUCAAAUAAGGAACAAAAUAAGACGUGGUGCAGUAAAAUCGGUCAAAAAAUGCAGAUAAUUUUUUGAAAUAUAUUAGUGAAAAUGUGUUACCGCUGAGAUUUGCAUUUAUCAGUACAUAGUUUUGCAGAACUAUCGUUUUCAAUAUUUUUACAUGUUAAUAAGAUAUGGAGCAAUAUAGAACCGGCGCUCUGGUCUAGUGGUUAGCGUGCUUGCCUCCAAAACAGAGCAUCGGGAAGUCCUUGAUUCGAUUUCCGGUCUCGUAAACUUUUCGCAAUAAUUAAAUAUGUACGUAACGUAGCUCCGAUACCACGAAGCGAGUCUAGAGUCGGGCUUUAAUGGCACAGGUUUUCCGUAAUUUCCCUGUGCCCGUGGAAUCGUGUGCCAUGGCAAAUGCGUUACAGAGGGGAGAGUCGGGUGCGGCCGCGUGGGGGCCUGGUUACUGAUCCAGACCAGACCCCUAAGGGGGACAGGCUACUAACUCUGGCCGACCCUGUAAUAGGCAAAAAAGUUUCUACGCAGGGGGACAAUAUGAAUAAAAAAAAAGAUAUGCUGAUAUACAAAUUCACUAACAAUACAUUUAAUCGGGACGUUAAACUUAGUUUAAAAUCGUUUUGAGAAUUAAGCACUCAUUGGACUAAUAUGCAGUACAGUAGUUACCGUAAAUGAACCUUUUCAUGCUCUGACAUAUUGAUUUUUACCACAUUAAGAAAAAAAAAGUCAUUGGAACAACGAAAUGUGGCGUUACGGGGUGGGGCGGGAUUGAAAUUCCGAACUGUGAGAAAUCAGAAGACUCAAAAUUCUGAAAAUCUAGCUGGGACUCGAAAUAUAUAGAUUAGGGUGGUCCUUAUUUGAGGUUGACAUUUUUUUUCAAAUUCCCCCCCUGGUUCGAUUCCAAAUCAUUAAAAAAGACACCACGAAAAAGCUGGAGUCAGUGGGGAUGAUGAGAAAAGGUGCCGGCAAGUUCGAAUCGAUUGAAAAAAAGGCAUUUUAUAUAAAAGUGAUGUUUUUCUGCUGGGGCCGGUUAUUUAUCAUUUUAUUCGAAACUUUCUUCCUUUUGUAAUCUCUGCGUGCUUUCCUAUUAUAGUCUCUGCGGCAUAGAGUCCGACUAUCACACUUCCCUGGGAAAGCCGACGCCGUUCCGAAUAUCAUGUCUCGUGGCACAGCGUCCAGCUAACACGAUAUUCUUCCCGAUAUCUUUUAAGUUUUCUCGGCAUAGCCCAAGCCACCUUAACUACAAAUUCUAUCCUCAAAUAUUAAUCUUCUUAAAUAAUCAUUAUUCUUUAAUAACUUUCAUAUAAAAUGCUGACAUCCGAUGGUUCAGGAAUUGCAUGUUAUUGCGAAUUAUUCAUCAAAACUCUUUCGGUGUUGCGUUCGACUUUCUUUUGACAAACAAAUUCUCAAAACAGUUCUUUUAUUCCGUGUCUCUCAACAUAGCGCCUGACUAUCACGUUAUAAAAAAAUUCCUCAAAUGUAAGAAUUCACAUCAAAACACCGACAAACUGACAUAAGCCUACGAAACAAGAUUACUUCGUUUCAUUGGCCCUUAAAAAAGGCUGUUCUUGAGCAAUGGAUCCCGAAUACGACAGAUAUAUAAAUUCAGUAAUAGCAUGCAAAUAGAACCGUUUACCUCCAGGUCAUGAAAAAAAUAUUAGAGGAAGUAAUAAUCUAGAAAUUUUAGAAAAUAUAAUUCUCUCAACGAAUAGAAAAACGAUAGAAAAGUUGUCUAUUAUCGAAAUUCAGGAGCAAAGAAUAAAGAUGAUUUAUUCCUGGGCAUACGGGAAAAAAUUGUAGUUCGAAUUUUCAACGACUAUAUGUUAAAUAAAUCCUUGAAUGGUUGUUCUUAAUGACGAUUGACAAGGGUUUCGAGUACCUUUGGAUGGCUCGAUGUAAUUUAUACAUAGAAAAAGAAUAGCAGCUAAAGAUAAAGCAAACACGAAUUUGACUGAAGUAGAAACAACGACCGGACUUGCCGGCACCCUUUUCCAUCAUCCCACUGAUCACAGCUUUGUGUGGUGUCUUUUUUAGUGAUUUAGAAUCGAACCAGGGGGGAAUUUGAGAAAAAAAAUUCAACCGCAAAUAAGGAUCACCCUAAUAUAGAUAUAUCACACUAGCGAGAUUUUCGGACUUUUGAGCCUUCUGAUUUCUCACAAUUGGGAAUUUCAACCCGGCUCCUACAGGGUGCCAAUGAAAUAUACGAUCAUCGCAAGCUUGAAUAUGAUUAAACGAAUAUAAGAAUUUUAGAUCAAAUUAAAGACUCAUUCUCUCCAAUGCUGCAUUCUCUCCAAAAACGUUGCAGUUCAAUGAAGAAAAUUCUUACAAUAACAUCAAUUGUUAUUGAUACAACCAUUUUUUUUUCUCAAUGCAGGUCUUCGUUUUUUGAGAUAUGUCAGAAUAAGCAUGAGGAUAUCAGAGAAACUUUCAAGUUUCAUCGUUAGGACGCUCGUUCAAUCCGGUGAUCUUUUCGAUACUCUCCCAGUAUCCCGUAUAUCUUCCUGCUGUUGAUCUCAUUCUGAUAAACAGCUAAUCGAUCUCGCAUGAGAUCAAUGUCAAAAUAGACCGAUGAAGUUCGAGUUUUUACGGGUCUUUAACUGAAUGAAACAGGUACUUCUGUUUUUACGACUAAAAGCAUUGAAUUUGUGUUGAUUAGGGGUUACGAAACGAAUCCUCGAAUGGACUGCCUGAAAUAAAACUGAGUGAAUAAAAAAGAACAUGAAAGACUUCACUUAAUGAGAUCAUGCCCACCACACCAGCGUUAAACAACUGAAUUUUUUGUCAUGACAGGGGAUUGGUGCUAUUAUAUUCUCUCAAAAUUUAUAGAUUUAAAAAUUAACAUAACUAAUCAAUUAGUCCGUUGUAAUUAUCAGUUAUAUAAAAAAAAUAUCAUUAUUAGUAAAAAUUUGACUAGUUAACUUUUUGAUUUGGCAACUUUGUUGUUGGUGGAGAGAUAUAUCUACCUUGCCAACGGUAAACUGAUGGCUUGUCGCUCACAUAUGACUUGAUACACAUAACCAACAAUUUAUUUGAAUUUGAGGUUACGUCAUUAUUUGUGAUUACAAAUAUUUUUGUUAUCACAAUAUUUGUAUAAAUAUGAACAAAAAACAUUUUUCUGUUAAUUAUACCGAGAAAGUAUACACGCUUGUACAGUAUCGAUACACUAAUGUAAGCACAUCACACCUAAACACGAUAUACGUUGAUAUACAUAUAUAUAAACAGCUGAUAGAGCGGUGUUGCCGAUGUCGUACCGAACCUAGUAUUCAACGACUCAUCGUGAGUGAUAAUCGUAGUUAAUUUAUGAUUUCAUUCUUAAAGUUUCGGUGACCUGAUAUUUUUAUAACGCCAUUAAUAAGAUAAAUGUUAAACGAAUGAUUUAAUUUUUUUUCCAGCAUUUACGAUCCCUUAAAUUUGAUUGAAAAAUCACGAUCCAUUUACUGCCACUACGAUGUCUAAUUUUUAAUACUUAUUUUCUUGCUUAAAUGUUCGGUAACCUCCCCUCAAUUUUUUUUACCGUCAUUUUCGAACGAUUUUUCUAUGCUGUGUAAAAAAAUCAGAUUUUUCUGCAGAUUUUUAAAUAGUGGCCAUGAUCUCAUUAAUGAAGAUUGAAUAACAAAAGCUCACAAAAGUUCGUUAACCCCUUCGGUGGCAUUGAUGUCAGAUUUUUCCCGUGCCCAAAGUGUCGAUGACGCCAUCGGUGGCGUCAAAAAUUUAAAACGGCGGAUCCGAAAAUAUAAAAAUUCAUUCGGAUUCCAUGAAAUUUGGUACGUGGGGGUUUUCGAGGGCGCUGAUCACGAUUCCGCCUUCACAAGUGCGAAAUAAAAAAUGGCAGAUUUAUAUAAGGGUUGAAAAUGUCAACAUUCAUAUGAAUUAGACGAGACUGCUCUCAAAAUGCAACAAUUGUAAAUUUUGAAGUUAUUGAAGUCGCUUAUUAUGAAGAUGUUCUUAGAAUUCAUGUAUUGCAAUAUUCCGACGAAACAUGGUGGACUUUGAUGCUAAACCUGAUCACAUUUGAUUGACCGGUGAGGAUGAUGAGUCCGGAGACCGGAGAGGAGAUGAGAAAGAGCAAAGCAUUCGACAUCUUCAUUGACAACUGCUGAAGAUACAACACAGUCUUUUGAAAACAUUACCCAAUUCAUAUUGCUAGUCAUUUCAACUGAUUCUUAUCACCGUCGGCAGGAUACAUAUAACUAACCUCGGACAUUUAUGUCGAUAAGCAUAGAGGUAUAAAAUUUUGAAAGAAGAUAUAAAUGUGUAUUUUAAAUCACCAGCUAAUGCACGGGGCAAUUUUAUGUAAUAUUCAUACUGAGUACUGAAACUCGAGUACCCAAUAAAUGUGAACAAAGGUUCCCUUCCAAUCAUUCAACGUCUUGAAUUCGCGUGCGUCAAACUCAAUCCAACAUUUGGACUUUUUGCGUUUCGAGAGUAGAUUCAUAAUCACUGACCUUAAAAACCACUAAGUACCAAUUUUCGUCUAAUUCAAAACAACUUUUGGAUUUUGAGUACAGAUUUUCAACCAGCGACCUCGAAAACCCUUGAGUACAAAGUUUCAUUCGAUUCGAAUAAAUUUUUCCAUAUUGGUCCGCCAUUGUGAAUUUUUGCAUUUUGACUGCAAAUUCGUAAUUAGCGACCUCAAAAACCCCCCGCUACCAAUUUUUAUGGAAAUCUGAAAACUUUUUUUCAGCGUUUUAAACACUUCGAGUGAAAUAUAUCUUGCCACCGAAGGGGUUAAAUUAGCAAAAAAACAAAUUGAUUUAAUGAAAUUGUCAAUAGGAUGACAAAGGAUCAGUCCAUUUGAUGAAACAUUUAUGGAAUUGCCCACUAAAGAAUAAAUUUGGUAAUGAAGUUGUUCAUUAAAGCAGAAUAAUGUCCAAUCACGACAAAAAUUUUUAUAAAUCCCAAUCACAGAUUCAACAUUGAAUUCGUUUAAGAGAACAGAUUAAUUUAGAAUGAUACAUAAGAAAUUGUGGUUAUUCCUAUAAAAAUAUCAGUCCAAUAAAUUUUAUAAUUUUUUGA